CGGGGGAAAAAAGUAGAAUUCAAUAUACUGUUCGCAGACUGUGUGGAGCUAGCCAGCCACCGUAUCUAUUUUCUGAUAACCCGUAACGUUAAUAACGUUAACUCCUUAACGUUACGUUACUCUGAUGGUCGGUCUCCAGGAAGACGGAAGCCAAUGCGAACCGCAGUUCAUCCAUAUCGCCGCUGUCAUCCACGGAGAAAGCAAGGGCAUGGAGCUAGUUAGAAGUUCAGAUAGCGACAUAUGAAAGUAGCUACGUAGCAGCGCAUUGGCGUUGUUUCGCUAAAUACCCAGUAGUACUUUUUUAGUUAGUUGUCUAACCAGCUGAACUCAGAUAACGAUAGCAGUUUAUCAGAAUCAGGAGCAUGGCGUUAAUCCUGUUGACGAGGUCCCGCACUCCAUUGAUGAAAACAUCUCAGUCAUUGAAGAGCGAGUUUCGAAAAGGGAAGCUGCAGGAUGGGUCCUGUUUCAGCUGUUCGGCUCUCAGACUCUCCAGCCAAAGCAGAAUGGACGGUGAUAGGCUGGUGUUCCGAGGCAGCAGCCUGACUCCUCCUACCUCAAUAGGCCCCUCCCUCCACACCACAUCAGAUGGAUACCGGGUUCCAGGCCACGCCCCGUCCCAGAGGCUGUACUGUGCCAUAGUGGAGAGUUCCUCCCCCUCCUCUCUGUACCAUCUGGGAGGGGGGUACCCCCAGUGGACGUUCCCCCGGCGGGGGGACAGGGUGAGGUGGGUCCACACCACCGGCUGCCUCCGAGACGACUCUAAGGUGGAGAAGUCCCUGCGCUCGCUGAAGGACAAGAACAAGAAGCUGGAAGAGGGAGGGCCAGUGUACAGCCCGACAGUGGACAACACGGUGGCCAAGCGGACAAUCGCUCAGCGCGUUGUGGACGAGGUCAAACAUUACUACCACGGCUUUAGGCUGCUGUGGAUCGACACCACCAUCGCAGGACGCAUGCUGUGGCAGGUCCUCAACGGGCACCCACUGUCCCGACGGGAGAGGCGGCAGUUCCUGAGGACAUGUGCGGAUGUCUUUAGACUCCUCCCUUUCCUGGUUUUCAUCAUCGUUCCAUUCAUGGAGUUCCUUCUUCCUGUAGCGCUGAAGCUCUUCCCCAACAUGCUGCCCUCAACAUUCGAGACGCAAUCCAAAAAGGAGGAGAGGUUGAAGACUGAGCUGCGUGUAAAGUUGGAGAUGGCUAAAUUCCUCCAGGACACUGUGGAGGAGAUCGCUCUGAGGAACAAGGCUGCCAAGGGAAAUGUCACAGAGGAGUUUUCUACUUUCUUCCAGAAGAUUCGCGACUCUGGGGAGCGUCCCAGUAAUGAGCAGAUUAUCCGCUUCUCCAAGCUGUUUGAGGAUGAGUUGACUCUGGACAACCUGACCCGUCCCCAGCUGGUUGCUCUUUGUCGUCUUCUGGAGUUGCAGUCGAUGGGAACGAACAACUUCCUCCGCUUCCAGCUCAUCAUGAAACUACGAGCCAUCCGGGCAGACGAUAAGCUGAUAUCCGAGGAGGGUGUGAACACGCUGAGUGUGAAGGAGCUCCAGGCGGCAUGUCGGGUCAGAGGAAUGAGAGCUCUGGGCGUCACAGAAGAGAGGCUGAGAGAACAGCUUCAACAGUGGUUGGAUCUCCAUCUAAACCAGCAUAUCCCCACCUCCCUGCUCCUCCUGUCCAGGGCCAUGUUCCUCCCUGACACCCUCUCUCCUGCCGACCAGCUCAAAACCACGCUGCAGAACCUGCCUGACAUAGUGGCUAAGGAGGCCCAGGUCAAGGUGGCUGAGAUGGAGCUGUCCCAGGUGGACAACAAGACGAAGCUGGAGGCCACGCUGCAGGAGGAGGCGGCCAUACGUCAGGACAACAAGGAGAGAGAGAUGGAGAGGCUGGCGGACGCAGCCGAGAGGACAGAACAAGCCCUGAGCAGCGUGGAAAACGCUGCUCCCGCCGAGACCCUCAGAGACACUGCACCUGCCCUCGAGGGCAUCAAGUAUGAGCGGUGGCAGAGGUACCUCCAUAUUCAGGGAGAGGAGAUUACUAAGGAGGAAAUUGACAUGCUGAGUGAUGCCUGUUCCAAGCUGAAGGAGCAGAAGAAGUUACUCACUCUGGAGAAGGAGGAGCUGGAGGACUUGAAGGACGACGUGCAGGAAUACUGCGAGGACCUGGAAGAGAUAAAGAAAGAGUUAUCCAAGAGUGGCCAGGAGAGGGCAGUGCACGAGAGUAAGGCCUCACAACGACUCUCCAAGAGAGUCAACCGGAUGAUCGGCAGGAUCGGCAAGAUCAUCACAGAGCUGGAGCAGGACAAGGUGCUCCUGGAUGGACAGAUGGAUCGACCGUCCACUCCCCCUAUUGGAUUAUUCUUUGAGAAAUAUAGAGACUCUAAAAGCCUUCUCUUUACCUUCAGGGAGAACUUGAUCAGCAUCAGCGAGCUCAUCACCGUCAUGAGGCAGAUCCAGAACAUUCCAGAACACAAGCUGCAGAGCAUCGCUGACGCCCUCGACGAAAACAAGGAUGGCCAGAUCGACAUUGACGAUGUCAUCAAGCUGGUGGAGUUGAUUGACAAGGAGGACAUUGACAUCAACACCAGCCAGGUGGCAGAGAUCAUGGUGAUGCUGCAGAAAGAGGAGAGGCUCCAGAAGGAGGAGAAGGCCAAGGAGAAGGCCCAGAAGGAGCAGGCAGCUAACUUAAAUAACUAGGCUCCGCGGGGGGGGGAAGAAACUGCCCCAGAGAUGCCGUAGCUGAAGCUCACCCCUGGACCUAAGACCAUCCUAUACCCUGACCCUGAUCCUGACCCUAAGCCUGACCCCUGUCAAGAAGACCAAAGCAAGUCCCUCAGCUACCAGCUACCAUCUCUAAACAGUUUCUUCCUCUGCAAUGUGCCACUCAAGAACAUUAGUUAAACACAUCCUAAAGUUGCUAAUAAUAUGUACUCAAAAAAGUAUCCGAAAGCAAUUAAUUUUAAGGAACACAUCUUCCGGAUUUUUCUGUCUAGGUUGUUUAAUAACAACUUUUUAUUUAUGCCUAUAAAUGGAGAAUGUAAAUUGGUUUAGUUAAUCUAGGCCUCCAACAGGUAAUUAUUGAAGUAUGUGGUUUGUCUAGGCUUAUAACAGGUAAAUAUUGACCGGAUAUGAUUUGUAGAGGCUUAUAACAGGUCAAUAUUGACCGGAUAUGAUUUGUAGAGGCUUAUAACAGGUGAAUAUUGACUGAUAUGGCGUGUUUUCACUGCGCAGUGCAGUGUGUAAAGGCCUAUGAUUUAUCUAGGCCUAUAACAGGUGAACAUUAACAGAUAUAAUAACAAUAUUCAUCUCCUAAGACAGCCACUGGAAUCCAAACAAGUUAAUAUGAUUCUAAUCAGAGCUGUGUAUUAAUGGUUGCUCUAUAUAACUUGUACGAUAAUGGCUGAUGUCAUCUAAUAAUGUUUGAGAUGAGCCACCUUGCCUUUCGUUCAUUCAACUCAUCGAGCCCAUUAACAAUCUGAAAUAACGAUGAGUUCUUCAAGACCACUCCUUGACUCUUCACACUAAAUCACAUCCAUCACUAAAACCCAUUCAUGUGUCAUGCAUUGCCAUUCACACACGUUCAUUCCUCUCAGGCCAACGUUGCUUUUUCCUUGAUUUUAUUGUAUCUUAUUUUUCUUAUGAUAAUUCACUAUUUAUUGUGUUGAAUGUAUCACGGAGAUGAUGUAGAUACAUUAUUUGAUGCUUUUGGGUUUGUCACCACGUAGGCUGUCAUACAAUUGGGUAUACCUUUGCUACCUAUAGGGUCCAGUGGUCCCUAAGACUACCUGUAUAGUCCUUUAGUCUCUCUGACGAGCCACAGUUCCUCUGCAGAGGAAUCUGUUGUGUGAAAUUUGCACGCAGGAUUGUGUCUGUAUUCUUAUCAUUUUCAAAGAAAUUCUAACUGACUGAAGGAGCGAUCACAUUUAAUAAAUCAACAAUCCGUUGUUGUAUUAAUCGUCUUAGAGUUCACAUCGACAAUGAUAAUCUCGAUAUCAUGGCCUUGAAGAGUACCAAAUUUCCUGACGAUACGCUGACUUGUUCUUGAAUAUACAGUAUAACCUAUAGAAUGAACCGUGUCGCCAGCUACCCGAGGAGGUUUGGCUCGGAGUGUAGAAAGUGUUUUUGUAUUGGACCAGAGGUGGUGUCUUUAGGCCUGGCCCCAGCUCAUGCUGAUCCAGAACCUUCCCUGAUUUUGAGCUGUAGGCGGAGAAGUACAAUGGGUUCCCGGCCCAAAUCGGCCCCUGGGCGAGUAGGAGGUGGCUGGUGAGUUCUGAGAGUACAUCUGUGAUCACGCAAUGUUCUUUCUUAAUAAUGGCCAGCGCAGGACAUUAACUAUUCUCCUUUGGGGUCUCGAGCUGAACAAGUUUGUGCUAUAAAGUAUUGAAUGUAUUUUCUUUUAUUGCACUGUAGUCUAAUAAUAGAUAUUAUUUUCUGGGUGUACUUAGGGUCUGUAUGUACGUGACCAUGCCCACUGGAUCCUAGCUACUAGAGAGAUCAGGUUUUGAAGCAAUAAGUAAUUUACAGUUGAACACAGGUUAAGUUUGAAUUUUUUUUGGACAAAUUAAGAUAUUAAAUUGUUUUCCUUUUCAGGGCACACACUGUAAUGGCUGUGUUUUACAAUGAAUGUUAUUGAUUAGUGUUCCAAAUUUGGUUUGUUUUUAAAAGAAAAGGGUAGAAUGUUUCAACUGCACUUCUGGAAGCUGGCAGCUGGAUUAGAGGAUGAGUUAGAGGCUUACAGGUGGUGAGGGUUGGUUAUCAGAGACUGUAAGUAGGUUUAGAGUUGGUAAACAGAGGCUGGGAUUAGAGUUAGUCAUCCUUUACAGGGAAUAGUGUUAGGGUUGGUAAUCAGAGGCUGUCAGCAGUGUUAGGGUUGGUAAUCAGUUAGAGGCUGGGGUUAGGGUUGAUCAUUCGAGAUUGGGGUUAGGGUUUUGUAAUGCAACAAAAACAACAAAUCACAUUGCACAAAGGUGAGUAGGCUCUUCCUCGUCUUGUCCUGUGUGUUUCUGUUUUGGUGACAGUACGGAAAACGUUGCAUCCAUUAGGUUAAAUUCUUUGAUAGAAAACUGCCAAUUUAAAGAACUUUGGUCUGAGCUCUGAUAAAAAGUUCUGAAUAUAAAGCUUAAACUUGGGUCAUAUCGUAAUGUAGCAGGCAAGGGGUGUGUGACCCUCAACCUUACAGCUAAGCCUAUGCCGCAAAAUCAUGCUUAGGUGUAAGUUGAUUUCUGCGCUUUAUAUUAUUCAGUCAGUUCAAUGGACUGCUAUUGUUUUAGAUGUGUUGCAGUAGACUGAAAUUCACUACUUUAAAUGUUUAUGAAGUGAUUUACGAAAGUACUUAAUAACAAGUAAUUAUUGUAUACUGCUAUUUAUUCCUAAAAGCUGUAACAUUUUUAUUUAUUUAAUUGAAGUGAAAAUGGAACAAAAAUAUUGCUAAUUGAAUAAUUUUUAACAUGGUCCAUAUGAUUAAGUAGACAAUGUUUACUUCACUGCUUUUAGUUGACUUCAAAUUAUUAGUUAAAAUCCUAUUUUUUUUUUUUGUCAUGAAUCAAAUAUUUAUGUAAAGAAUACAUUUUUACAUAAAAUGGCACAUCUGUGUUAAAUAAACUGGUUGAUCCUGAAUAAUUGUGGUCAUUGUUUUGUUUAGAUUUUCCUUUAAUGUUUCAUAUCAUGAUCACUCACAAUUCUUUAACCUAACCACAUCCUUAACCACACCAUUAACCCCACCUCACUCCAACCACACCCUUAAUCCUACCACUAACCACACCCUUAACCCCAGCCACACCCCCAAACACACCUCACUCCAACCACACCCUUAAUCCUACCACUAACCCCACCCUUAAACCCAGCCACACCCCCAAACACACUCCACUCCAACCACACCCCCAAUCACCCCUAAUCCCAAUCACACAUCCAACCCCAACUUCACGCCGACUCCAUACCUAAUCCCAGCUACACCCCUAUCCAUCUCAUCUGCCUUGCCACUCAAAACUACAUUUUAUGGCUCUGAUUAAUUCAAAACCUACAUAACAAUGUUGCACAGUGACUUUAUUUGCGAUAGUGGUCCCUUUAUACCAAUGUUACGCCGUGUCUCUAUUGACAACAUUCGUCCCUUCCCCCUCAACAAAAAAGAAAAGCUACCGUGUAAGUACUGCAAUACGGGUUUGCUGUAAUUGAGCCCUAAGCAGACGUGUCUGAAUAUGAUCCCCGGAGCGUAAGGGCAUUAAAAUAAAAUGUUGGAAUAAUGUCAUUACUGUAGGACGACAGCUGGCUGCCAUUCCCCCUAGUACUUCUAAUGAUGUUACUGCAGCUCUUUGGGCUGUGUUUGCUCCGCGGGCGCAGUUCAGCAUUAUAGGGUGAUUUGAAAUAUAAAGGCAUCGAUCUUGCGUUAGCAGAGUUCACAUUCACAGGUGCAACCUAGUUUCGGCUCAACCGGAAAUCACCAUAUUCCUUUAGAUCAAAGCAAAAUCAGGAGUGCUCCCGAUUGAUUCCAGCCCUUAGAGACUACAUGCAGUAGCUCUGUAGGAGAUAUUUCUGCACUGAAGGGAUAGUAUGGCCCUCUAGAUUCAGCCAGGGUUGGACAGUCAAGUUUGGGUGUCUUUGUUAUAUCCAUGCCUAGAUUUAGUAAUAGCAAUAAGUGAUUAAAAUAUUCCAAGUUAUGUGAUCUGAUGGUUAUAAAUUCAUGAUGGUGUAGUUUUGUCCAGUGCAUUGAGGAAGGUUUCUGUGUGUAACUACAUCAUCAGAAGGCAAUGUUCCCUAAACGGAGCAGGAGGUUCUGAGUUAAUAUCUUCAGAUCUAGAAUGAAGCAUGAGAGACACACACAUUGCCAGUCAAGAUUCAUUAUUUUCUACUCUCCUCAAAUACUGAUUUAGGCUGAUUUAGUUCUUCAACUCAACGUAAAGACCUGCUUUCUAAAGGUGCCUGCUCUGAAAUGAGUCAUGGGACAUCGGUUUGGAACAUGUAGAACAAAGUGUUAAUCCAUCUGAAAUUUCUGGUAGCAGUGAACUGUAAUUACAUUUGUCAGAUUGUAUGGAAACUACACUAAUGUACAUAUGUAAUACUGUUUGUAAAUGUAACAUUUGUGUUCAUGUUUAAAUGGACUAAACCGGUUCUAAUGUAAAGUCACUCCAGAUUGUCAACUAUAGGAAAGGCCAAACAAGUCAGCUUAACCCAUAACUCGAACCCUUAACAAAAUAUUGCAUGUUGAUGUCUGAUGUUUCUGUAAUAUUUUAUUAACUUAUUUAUACAUGUUGACAACAAAGUAAAUUACAACAGAGACGCUGUAUCUAUAGGAAAUAAGGAAGACUGGAGAUUUCGUCAUAGAUGGCCCAGGACCUGCGAAAUCCCUCUCAGAGACAUGACCCCAUUCUUUUUCUAUCAAUAUGGCCCCUCCCAACAGAGAUGUAUUGGCCUGUCCAUUUCUGGAUUAAAAAAAGACUGGGGAUAUCUCAAUAUUUAUGCAUAUUUUUAUACCUAUAAAAUCUUUGAUGUUGUCACUGUGGUUAAGUUCCCUCCCACUCUCCUUAAGACACUCCCACUGUUUCUUAGACACUCCCACUGACCUGAAGACACUCCCAAUGACCUGAAGACACUCCCAAUGACCACUCCUUGUAGUAUUGAAAAUUCCACUCAAUCCUUUUCGGUUAUUACAUGCAACCACAAGACAAUAUUUACAAAAAUAUUGAGAUAUUAACAUAAUUUUUCAACACUAUGAUUUCUUUACUAGCAUUAGAACUGUAUUUUCCGUUCAUGGUUGACGCAGCUCACAUGCCAUUAACCAGUCAACGUUUCUCAGCACCCAAGACGGCUAUGAACGCUUCCUACUAUUUAAAUAUACGUAGUUACCAUGGUUUUAUGUUGCUAGAGGCAAUAUGGACCCUAGGCCAUGACGCUGGGAAUAUGUUAUGUACUGGUCAGAGUAACGCCUAGUUAGACACUCCAUCACAGACUAAUCCUUUAUAAACGCACAGUGGGCAACUGACACAUGUCAAGAUCAUGGUUAUUAAUGUCUUUCCUGUGACGCUACAUAGACAUAUAUCUGUCCUGUAAAGCUAGGUGUUUCUAUAGGCCGUCUAGGUGCUGCUGCUAAUGCUGACGGGCGAUGGGGAGUGUAAUAAUGCAGUGUUUUCAUCAGACGGCGAUGAGAGAAUGCUUUCAGACAGUUCUGUCCUCGGUGCAUACAGCUCUACGUUCACUGUCCGUUACACUGCAUACAGCUCUACGUUCACUGUCCGUUACACUGCAUACAGCUCUACGUUCACUGUCCGUUACACUGCAUACAGCUCUACGUUCACUGUCCGUUACACUGCAUACAGCUCUACGUUCACUGUCCGUUACACUGCAUACAGCUCUAUGUUCACUGUUUGUUUUAUAAUGCACAUGGCUCUACGUUCACUGUCUGUUACACUGCAUACAGCUCUUUGUUCAUUGUUUAUAUUACAGUGCACAUGGCUCUGCAUUCACUGUCUAUGUUUACAAUAUCUAUAACUAGCUCUAUGUUCACUGAGACUGAACCUAAUCUACAUAUCUAGCAAUGGUGCAUGUGUAAUCAUAAUGUAAGACGCCAUGAUGCAUGUGUAAUCAUAAUGUACACUGAUCGCUGUCUGUAUUUCCGUUUCAUUGUCAGUAUUCUUCCAUCUCACGACAGGUGAAUGUAGCCAUAGAUACUAUACAGUACUGGCUCUAUUAUAUGUAUUGACGUGUGUAUGACUAAGGAAGCAUUGCCUUCUAUUCCUUAGUAUUUGUUUAAUUUAUUAUUGUAGUUUCAUUUCAUGCAUUUCAUUCAUGUUUGCAGGGACAUUGUACAAGUCCUCAUCAUUGCCUGUGAAAUGACACAGACGUCUCCGGCAACAUGUCGGUCAAAUGAGUAAGAGUAGAAGUCUGAUCUAGGAUCAGUUUAGCCUUUAAGAGGCAGUUGUUCCCUUAGCUGUCCCGUGUUGAAACAGAAACAGAUUUACCACACAGUGAAACACACAUAAAAGACAACAGAUUCACCGCACAACAAAAUACACACAAAAGACGACUAGAUUGUUCUGUCCUUGUCUGACGUGUCUUAAUGUUUACUGUAAGCUUUAUGAUGCAAUAAAAACACUAGCACCAC